UCAACCGCCCGUGUGUUAUGAGGGAAUUAAGAACUCAAAGACGGCUUAGAGCCAAGGCCCUUGAAAGCAAGGGUCCAUCGUGAAUUGCCCAUGUGGUGCAUCUACAUCUACAUCCAUGCUACAUACUCCCCUCCGACCGAAGCUGCUCUACCAACCUCCACGAGGAGUGGCCGACGGGGGGAGGUCGAACUGUCUUGUCUGCUUGACAGGUGGCUGUCACGGUGCCACCCCCAAUUAUCUCUGCCGACAGCACCUGCAUGCGGCCAAUCUACCUGGGCUUUCUUUCAACUCCAGUUGGCGGAGGCAGCCUUUACACACACCGUAUAACAAGCUUAACGGGGGAGCUGGCUGCACCAAACAAAAUACAGGUCAGUUUCACAUGGAAUGCGGAGUGCGAUGCACGGCCACAGUUGAAAUUGCAAAUAGUUUGUCUACCGAUCUCAAAACUCAUUCCCCCCCUCUUUUUGUUCGCCCUGCCUCCGUUGUGGCCCGCUUGUCAGCUGGUCCUCUGAGCGCUCGUUGGCCUUACGAUUGGUUCAUUGGCUCUCGAAGCCCUAAAGGCGAAACUCUAAGUCCACGGCCUCUUCCCGCCACGGGGAUCAUGAUCAUCUGCUUUCGUUAAGCCCCGUUAAGGCUUAUAGUAGUCUACCUAAGGUACACCGUGCAUACU